AUGGCAUCUAUUCGGCACUAUAUGCGUCUAAUUGACUCCUUUGUGUUCUACAUCUAUAUGAGUGCCAUCAACGGUGUGUUUACGGCUGUUCCCGGUGUAUGGGAUACUUCAAAGAGUGGGACAUCCCCUGCAAGCGGUCUUGCAUUCUACGCCGGUGAUGAAGAGUUCUGUCGUAAAGUCAAAAUCCUCGAAACACUCUCUCGUCCUGAUACUCAACUUUGUGGUUAUUUGGAGUUUAUGCUAUUGGUCAUGCGUAACUCUAAUGCUUCACCGACCAUUAAAGAAGAAAACAUAAAGGAGUGCCUUCAACUCAUGCAUGAUGUUCAAAGCGUGAGAUCUGCACAUAUAAAUUACGGCGAAAUGAGAUAUAUGCUUAAUGAAUACCGCGCCAUAACCAGACGUCUUCAAAGGGACCAUGUAACACCGGGAAGGUUGGAUGAGCUUAAAACAGCUGUGCAGAAUCUAGAAAAGCGAUUUAAAGGUAGGAAAAAGAUCACAUCCGACAUUUCAAGAUACAACUAUGCGUCUUAUUACAGAGAUAUAACAACAAAGGUACGGCAAUUCAUUCGAAAGCAUACGGGCCAAACGCCAAUCCCGCAGCAUUCUCACGACCAAGGACCACGGAGGGGAGGUGCUGAGAAUCCAGUACCACUACUAGCAGAUUCGGCUGGUGGUACAGAAGCGCGGUCUAGUGAUGUACCGCAACGUACCCCAGUAUUUGGCGCAGGCAAUGAAAGCAUGCGGCAAUUACUAAACGAUCGCUCUUUAUUAAUCAGGUUGGGUAAGGUGCAGGCAGACGCGAAGAAGAUAGAAAGCAUAUUAAGUGACCCAUUGAUGAAUUAUCCCAAUUUAUACGCAUCAGGUGGUUCUUCCUCUCCAGAUAAUGCGAUGAUUCUCAAAAUUCAAGACCAGUACGACAAGAAUUAUGACGACUUUAUGGACAUCAGAAAUGCGUGGAAUAUUUACCAACGUUACAACAGCAUCAGUGAUGUAUUGAGAAAGACAGAUCCCAAAUUUCCUCAAGCAUCCGAGUUAAUAGAAGAGCAACAGCGGCUCGAGUUAGCAUUCGAGGAGUACGGAACUCUCGUAGACACUGCCUCUCUAGCGGAUGUAGAUAGAAUAGCGUCAAAUAUACUCUAUAUGGUGGGGCAAGUUGAAGAAGAGAGGCAAAAAUCCCAAUUGACAUCGGCCUUUCAUACAACCCCACAACAGGUAGCUGAGCAUCAGGAUGUCACACCCUUACCAGAGACCAAAACGCAAUAUGAGACUACACCAUCACCAGGAACAACGAAUCACCAUGAACCUAUAACUACAUCCGAAACCACAAUACGGAAAGGCCCCACAAUAAUACAGCAGACAGCCGAGCGAGGGGUAUUGGUUACUGAAAGCACGGCUUCAGGCGGCUUGAGUUCUGAGCAAACGGAAGAAACCAUUGCCUGCCAUACAGGUGAAACAAAGCAUGAUGGCAGGUCAUCGGGAGCAGUGACAAUGGGAAUAACGGUUAUUCGAACCAUGGCAGCAGCUGGUAUAAUGACCACUCUCUGA